AUGAAGCCUGCCAUUACACCUCACAACCCUGAACAUCCAUCUCUGAUAGGAGAGUACGAGUACCUGAUGCAUGCAAUCCUGGGACUUGCAGCAUCAGAGCUGAUCGACGAUGAUCCCAGCCUUGUAACGGCGGCCAUGACGCACCGGCUCAAGGCGAUCAAAGCAAUCAAGAAGACGCUGGCGGACGCUUCCCGAGCCAACACCUUCGAGGAAGGAAAUGCGCUCAUGGCCACAUGCUUUGCGCUCACAUUCCAGUCCGUCAUACUAGACGAUGGCAUGGCCGAAUACAUGACGUUUAUCCGUGGCAUCAUGAUCGUCGCGACCCAAAUGUACCAGAAAGGGGCCAAGUUUCUCUUUACGAACUGGAUCGGUGAGGACCAGAAGGCCCUUAUGAAACCGAAACUCGAAAAAAUACCCCUCGUAAACAGAGACUGGGUGGACUCCGCGGCUACUGCGGUCCAAUCCCUCGGUCCAAUCUGUACGGAACCAGUUGCAAAGAAAUACCAUGAAUUACUACUAGUGAUGAUCACGCAGCUGUAUCAGUCAUCAUUUGGAGCAUACAAGUCAAUAAGCGACCACUACGGCUGGUGGAUGAUGCUCCCAUACGAUGACUUCCAGAGGGUCAUUGACACGCACAACCCCGUCAUGGUCCUACUUGCAUCGCAUUGGAUUGCAAUCAAGCAGAUCAUGGCGACCAUCACUGAGACAGAGCACGAGUUUGGGAAGCGGCCAAACCAGGACAGGGGUAUUGAUUUGGGCAUAAUCAGUACCAAGAUGAUUCGUUGA